AUGGCGGUUAUGGAGCGAGAGGGCGACGACGACGUCGACCACUACGAGGUGCUCCGCCUCCCGUCCGGCGAGGAAGGCGCGGCGCUGAGCGUCGAGCGGAUCGACAAGGCCUACCGGACGCAGUCGCGGCUCCGGCACCCCGACAAGCGCCCCGACGACCCCGACGCCACCGCCGACUUCCAGAGCCUCGCCAGCUCGUACAAGAUCCUCCGGGACGAGCCUCUCCGCCGCCAGUUCGACGCCCGCCUCCGCGGCCGCCGUAAGGCCGCCGCCCGCGCCGCGGCCACAGGGCUCAAGCGGCGGAAGGCCGUCUCAGACCUAGAGGAGCGCGAGCGCGCCUUUGCCGCCCGCGGAGGCCUCGCUGUCCACGCUGCCGAGCUGGCGAAGCGGGAGGAGAAGCCGAUGGCUGCCGAUAUCCAGCGCACGCUGGAUGAGCACUUCGCUCCCAAGAAGUCCUGCAUCUCUGGCGUUGCUUCCACUUCGGGACAUGGAGCUCCAGAGAGCGAACCAAAAACAGACAAUGGUACGAUCUUGAAGGUUUCAUGGGAAGGGGGUGCAGAUUACUACACUGCAGCAAGGUUGGACGAGAUUUUCAAGCAAUUUGGCACGGUUGAAGACAUUGUGAUCAAGUUUAGCGAAUCAAAGAGCAAGGGUUCAGCACUUGUUGUCAUGGUUUCCAAAGAGGCAGCUCGAUCGGCACUGAAGAACCGUUCUGCCUACAAUGUUUUCCCGGUCCCAUUAAGUGUUGCUCUGAUUCGGCCUCGCCCCCGCCUCCCCCGCCCUUCUCCACCAUCCGAGCUACCGCCUCCACCGAAUUCGCCACCGCCACCAAAUUUGUCUGUUGAAGUCGUCGCCGCCACGACUCUUCGCCGCAGAUACCCCGUCUCCACCGGCCUCUCUCUGCCCGUUUCGACCGCCGCCGUGAUGCCGCCACGCCUCCACUCGAGGAGCUCCAUCGGCUUCCACGGCAUGCAUCGACGUGAAUCCGCCUGUUACUCGGUCGAGAUCAUGUAG